AUGGACGUUGACGUCGACGCUUUGCUCCUCCGACUUCAUGAUCGCCGGAAUGUCAACAUUGUGGAGACCGUUCCCGCUGAUGAGAUGCUUGCACUGCUUAGAAUGGCACAAAUUGUGUUCCAGACUCAGCCGAUGCUUGUUGAAGUUCAACCUCCUGUCAUCAUCUGUGGCGAUAUUCACGGACAAUACAGCGACUUGUUACGCAUCUUCGAUACUCUUGGAUAUCCACCGGCAACCAGCUACUUGUUUUUGGGAGAUUAUGUUGAUCGAGGCUCGCACAAUUUGGAGACGAUUGCUCUUCUUUUCUGCUACAAGAUCAAAUAUCCUCGAAAUUUCUAUCUACUCCGCGGCAAUCAUGAGACAUCAGUCACCAACGCAAUAUACGGCUUUCGGCAGGAAAUUGCAAGGCGCUACGGGGAUCCUAGAAACGAUCUAAAUGGGAUGUGGGGCAUCUUCAACAUUGCAUUCUCUCAAAUGCCCAUUGCUGGAUUGGUCGGAGGCCGAAUUCUCUGCAUGCAUGGUGGGCUUUCUCCAGAUCUUACAUCCCUCGAUCAACUGAGGCAGAUUCCCAGAGGAUGGUACGAUCCGCCAAACAACCGGGGUAUUACCAUGGAUUUGCUUUGGGCCGAUCCAGACCCGCGAAUCAAAGGGUGGCAAACAAGUCCAAGAGGUUGCAGUUAUCUGUUUGGCGACGACGUCAUUCUUCAAUUGACCGCUUUGCUAGAUAUCGAUAUGGUCGUUCGUGCUCACCAAGUCGUUCAGGAUGGGUACGAGAUCAAUGGAACUCAAAAAUUAGUCACAAUCUUCUCAGCUCCAAACUAUGCUGGACAAUUCGACAAUGCUGGAGCGGUAAUGAUGGUCGAGGCUUCUUUGCGGUGCAUGUUUUUCCAGUUUCCACCAACGAAAAGAGUUACACCACCUCCAGUGGCUCCUCCACCAAAUGCAACACCGCUAAAGCCGCAGAAUGGUUCAAAACCCUCCCCGGAAAAAGAAUUAAAGGCUAAGGAAGAAAAACCAACCUCUCCAGAGAAGUCGACCUCGCCUAAGAAAGAUGAGAAACCCUCGCCUGAUAAGUCUGCUAGUCCUGAAAAGCCAAAAGAUGAGGCGAAAGAGAAAACAGCUUCUGAUGUGUCGACACAGGAUUCUGUUGGGAAAACUCAGUCUACUUCGGAAAAAUUGGCUGCAAACACUUCGACUGCAUCAAAUUCGAGCGGAUCGGAUUCAUCGGUGACGAAAAAGAAGGAAAAGAAAGAUAAGAAGUGA